AUGGAAAAACCCAACCCACUUACCACCACCGAGGCGGCAAGCAGCAGCGGCGGGCGGAAGGCGAAGGGCGGGCCGGAGAACAGCAAGUUCAGGUACCGCGGCGUGCGGCAGAGGAGCUGGGGCAAGUGGGUGGCGGAGAUCCGCGAGCCCCGCAAGCGAUCCCGCAAGUGGCUCGGCACCUUCUCCACCGCGGAGGAGGCCGCCCGGGCCUACGACCGCGCCGCGCUGCAGCUCUACGGCCCGCGGGCCCAGCUCAACCUCACCUCGCCACCGCCGCUCGCCGGCCCAGGAGCCCACUCCCACCCUUCCGCGUCCGCUUCCUCCUCGACCUCAUCCUCAUCCGCGCCGCCGACUCUCCGCCCGCUCCUGCCGCGCCCGCAGCCGCAAUACUCUCACCACCAGCACUACUACCGCUUCCUGCCGCUGCACGGGUUGCCAACGACGUCGGCGCCACCGCCGCUCUACUACGCGAGCACGGUCACCGCGUCCACGGUGGCGCACCAGGCGACACUUACUCCGGCGGUGGCGUCGUCUUCUACGGCGGGCGACGCGCAGGAUGGUGCCGCUCCGGCGGAGGCGGCUCAGGCUGAGGCGACCGGAUGGGAGUACAUGGCCCGCGAGGAGGACGACUACGAGGCGGCCCUGCUGUGGAACGAACCUGACACCUUGUUGGAUAUCUUCCUCAAGUGA